AUGACUCGUCGUCACAAAGAGUGCCCAAGAUUUCGGGACCUUAUACUCUUGUUCCGUGAGAUAGGGUUCCUUCAGUACCUUUUGUUCUUGCUUCCAUUUAUUCUAUACGGCCUUCUCUUUCGCAUUCCUCUCUAUGUUCUUAUGUACACAUUCGACUUCAUAGUCCGAUCUCGGGAGUAUGUGCAUCCUAAGUCUGAGACAAAUAGAUACAUGCGGUUCAUAAAGCGACGCCAAGAAGCACUCUCAAAGCACGUUGCUCCGUCCUCCACUCUUGAUCUAGCUCGGCUUCUAAGGGAUGCGUCACAGCCCGGGCCGAGGGACAAAUUCUUUGGCUGCCUGCCCCCCGAGAUUCGACGCCGAAUUCUGCUCUACGCCUUUGGCGAACGCACUGUCCAUAUUGAUAUAUCCUACACAUUGACGAGUAAGCCCGACGAAGGAGGUUCAGUUUGCGCAUCAGCUGCGAAGACGCAUGCCGGACUGGUGCGACGGCUCGAUAGCUAUGAUAGGAUUUACGACGAGGACGAGUGGCAUUGGCGGUGGUAUGGCUGCUUCUGUCAUCGCUCUGGCCCAGAAGACAUAUCACUAUCUUUAGGGAGAUUUCGCAGCUCUCCUGGCAUAGAUCAUCGAAAAUAUAGGUCGUCAGCCUGUCUGAAAGGGGGCGGAGUUUGCCACGCUUGGCCUGGGAACCAGCCUGAUAAAUGUCGAGUAGAAUGUUUAGGUUGGCUAUUAACAUCUAGACAAGCAUAUAUCGAAGGUAUGGAUGUGAUCUAUAGAGAAAACACCAUAAACUUGUCGUCAUCCGAUAUCAUGCUUUCCUGUCCGAGCAUACUACCUCACAACAUCCGCAGAUCGAUUAGAUCCCUAGAACUGGCCAUCGAUACGCAAAUAUCGCCUCUCAAGUACGCAUUUGAAGAUCCGGAAAUCUCCUUGCUCAGCCUUCACGCAGCACCCACAUUUCCAAGUCUUUUAUAUCUCCGUAUGUCCCCCGUUACUUGGGACCUAGAUAUUUGUAUUAAGAGGGAUCAGUUGCUUAAUCACUUGCAUCACCAUGCAACCUUUAACCCCGAGCAGUGGCGUCAAUCAAUCCCAGCAAACGUGUCUGUCACGCUACAGAGGAUCGAUAGCCUUUUGGAAAGAAUAGCACCACCUACCGCAGAAGUCACGGUGGACUGGGAUCUCACCGGGUACCAUACCUUGAGCAAUGUCCUCAGCGAAUGCCAGGGCCAUGUAUCACUCCAAAUGGAAGAAUGCGAAUCCGGAGGGAGAAGAUAUUGGCGACAAAUUCCGACUUCUAUAGUCAAUGUCCCUGCUAAAGAUACACAAUCCCUUGACACUACAGCUGGCCCAGACAAGCGCCAGGGCUACUGGAUUAAAUGUGAUGAAGCAGAAGAUUUAGAUUGA